AUGGGUAUUAUUGAGAAGAUUAAGGCCAUUGAGGAAGAGAUGGCAAGAACCCAAAAAAACAAGGCCACAGAACAUCAUCUGGGGCUCUUGAAGGGUAAAUUGGCAAGAUACAGACAACAGCUGUUAGUUGAUGAACAGGCGUCUUCUGGUGGUGCUGGUGGGUCAGGCUUCGAAGUGGCCAAGUCCGGUGAUGCACGUGCCGUGCUGAUAGGGUAUCCUUCUGUGGGUAAGUCUUCAUUAUUAGGUAAAAUCACUUCUACCAAAUCUGAAAUUGCACAUUAUGCAUUCACUACAUUGACUUCCGUUCCAGGUGUCAUGAAAUAUCAGGGUGCUGAAAUCCAAAUUGUCGAUUUGCCCGGUAUUAUCUACGGUGCCUCUCAAGGUAAAGGUCGUGGUAGACAAGUUGUUGCCACGGCAAGAACUGCAGAUCUGAUAUUGAUGAUCUUAGAUGCUACAAAGAGUAAGCACCAAAGGGAAUCUUUAGAAAAGGAAUUGGAAGCUGUUGGGAUAAGGUUAAAUAAAGAAAAGCCAAAUAUUUAUUUUAAGAAGAAGGAAACUGGUGGUAUAAAGAUCAAUUUCCAGUCACCUCCACAAAAUAAUUUGAAUGAAAAUGUGAUUAAGUUACUUCUAAAAGAUUAUAAAAUCCACAACGCUGAGGUCCUAGUUAGGGAUAGUAAUUGUACAAUUGACGAUUUCAUUGAUAUCAUCAACGAUCAACAUCGUAACUAUAUCAAAUGUCUUUACGUUUAUAAUAAGAUCGAUGCAGUUUCUUUGGAAGAAGUCGAUAGAUUGGCAAGAGAACCAAAUACUGUAGUGAUGUCCUGUGAAAUGGAUCUUGGUAUUGAAGAUGUCGUCGAAGAAAUUUGGUAUCAAUUAAACUUAAGUCGUGUCUACACAAAGAAGCGUGGUAUCAAACCCAAAUUUGAUGAUCCUUUAGUUGUAAGAAAUAAUUCCACUAUAGGUGAUCUCUGUCAUAGCAUCCAUAGAGAUUUUAAGGACAAGUUCAAGUAUGCAAUGGUUUGGGGUUCUUCUGCAAAACAUUCUCCACAAAAAUGUGGUCUGAAUCAUAAAAUUCAUGAUGAAGACGUCCUUACUUUGUUCACAAAAUAG